AUGUUCGCCACAAGAACGAUCUGCUCAAGAUGCCGAUCCAAGGUCCUGGCCAAACCAUUGGCGAAAAGUACAGCCGCCGCUCAACGUUUGACCACGUCCUCCUCGACGACAACUGACACCAAUUCCCCUGUCCCUGCCUCGAAGUUCAGAGAGGCGAUAGUCCAAGCUGCUGGCGAACCAGUGGAAAAUGCGGACUCAAUCCUUUCGAGGAAACGGCAACGUGGAACGCAGCGUCAGAAUACAAAGAACAGGGCCUUACAUUUGUUCGAAAGCACCGUCAAUGCUGCACAACAAUCCGAAUCCGGCACAAACAUUGACGCUGGACAAUUAUACCGACUAGGAAGCGACAUCAACGCGGCAUUGGAGAACAAGGACGGUCUCUCCCUCCUUCAGGUUGUUGCACAAUGCUUUGCAAUAGUGCACGAUGACAUCCUUCCUGUCUUGCGCCAGCCAGGCGGCGAACGUCUACCCAAGGUCACAUAUGCCAAGGCCACGCAAGCUAUGCGAAAGUUACUAGAGGUGAAGAAAAGUGCCUGGGAGUCCCCAGAUCUGCCUAGAACCGCAGACAUCUGCAACGCGAUAGGAGAGCUUGGCAUGAAAUCUCCCGGGCGCCUGGAUCCUUACAUUACCCUGCUGCAGCAUCUGCUUCGCGUUCCUGACCACGACGCUGACCCCUCCACUUCGUCCGAUGCCUUCGACCUCAGGCUCUUGGAGGACCUUGUUGCUUGUUGGCAGGAUCUCUCCUCUUCGAGACAUAUCUAUAGGGCACGCGGCCUGGGUGUCCGACGCACCGGCUUGCGAAAUCAUGGGCAGGCGAACCAUGCAACGAGCAGCUGCCGAGCUGAAUUCCCUCUACUCGCUUCUCUCGACAUGAGCAAGCUGGUAGUGGUGCUGGCCAGUACUUACAUCGUCCUCUCUGAUCCACGUGCACUGCAGACCGCCAGGGAUGAACAUGUUCAAAAUUUGCUCGCCGACCUGGAAUUUCUUGUGAAGCCUUUCGAUUGUGCCACCCUACAGCCCUUCUUUUCUGACUAUCCCGACCUCUGGCAAUACGUAUCUGUUCGAGCGACCUGGUCAUCCAUGCAAUUCUCGCCUUCUGCGAAACCACCAACGGCAGCUCGGCCCACCUCGUCUCUCAAACAUAAUGCACCGAACACCACUGGAACACACCGUCGGAUAUCCUAUGCUGCUUGGCACAAAAGACUUGGGUCGCGGUUCAAGGCGAACGACGUUUCUGGGCUAAAUAAUGCCUGGGAACAACUGACAAACACUGCAGAUGAUCCACAGCGACAAGAGAAACUGCGAAACUGCCCUGAACUGUUUGACUUCAUUCUCCACCAAUGCUGUAGCAAGCAGGGACCGGAGGGAAAUGCGCUACAGCAAUUGGCAGGUCGUGUCUUGGACUACAUGGAGGAUAUCAAGCUCCCGCCCACUAUCAGAACGUACACUUCGAUGAUGGAAGGUUGGAAGAUUGCGAAAAAGCUCCAGCCGAUUGAAAAACUCUGGGCCCAGGUUGUCAAAUCGGGUAUGCAGCUCGACGAACACAUCUGGUCGAGCCGAAUUGCUGCCUACGGUAGCCUGGGGCGGCCCGACGACGGACUAAGAUCGCUCGAUGAGAUGAAUCAAGAGUGGGAGCAGGCAUGCAAAAAUGGCAGCCCUUCCCUGGCAGUGCAACCUGGCAUAGCUAGCGUCAAUGCUGCCAUCUCGGGCCUUUUGCGAGUCGACAGAUUGGACGCCGUCCAUCGGGUAUUGGCAUGGGCCAGCGAAAGGCAGAUAGAGCCCGAUAUUUGGACGUAUAACAGGCUGCUUAGCCACAUGCUGAAGAAAGGUCACAUGGAGGAAGCUGACAGAAUCCUGACAAGCAUGAAGACGUCGGGCGUCGCCCCAGAUGGUGCGACUUUCACCAUUAUCCUCGAAACCGCCCUCGCGGAGAUGGGGACACAGACACCUGACUCGCAGCGUAGAACGGUUGCCAAAGUUUUCGCCGAAAUGUCUGCCUGCGGCAUUGAGCCAAACCAGGAAACCUAUGCUAAGAUGCUUCACGUCCUCGUGCGUGCGGGUAACGUGGCCCGCGUUCCCAUUGAAGCUGUACUGGCGCACCUGCGUGGCUCAGGGCUCCAGCCAUCGCCGGAGAUCUGCACCAUCUUGUUCGAAUACUACUUUUCCCGACGCCCUCGCGACUGGGAUGCUAUCCGCGCUCUCAUCGCCGAUCGUCGCUCUCGCACUCGAGUCCUUACGGACCGAGUCUUCUGGGAAACUGUCAUGCGGCAUCUCAACUCGGCUGGUGACAACGCAGGCGCUUUGGAAAUCUUCUAUGACAUGGACGACUGGGGUAUCUGGCCGGCGCUACCCGUUCUGGAACCGAUACUCCGUUCUCUAACAGACCGCGGAGAUUGGGACGCGGCGAGACAGUUUGUCCAAACUGUGAUGCGACAAGAGAGAAGCCCGGCAGCUGAUCAGGGAGGGCGAUAUUGGAAACAUGCCUUUUGGGCUAUUGCCAAGGAUUAUGGCCUCAUGGAAGAGGGCUCGACCUGA